CGGAGGGCGGGGAAAGAAGACUGAGACUUUGGGAUUGGCCCGGCCAGGUGCAUAUGGCCCCCAGCGAACAGCCCCCGCCCCAGUCCCCGCAACCACCGCCGCAUUCCCAGGGGAGCGCGGAGGAGGAGCCGCUCCCUAACUUUACGGCCCACAAAGGGGUGGAGGUCAGGGGCGGUCUCCCGCGCCCGGUCUGUGUUUGCCCUGACGGCGCAGCACGCUUCUAGGGCAGCCAUUGCCAUGGAGACCCCCGAGAAUAUAAAGCCAGGUAGCCAGGCGGCCCGCAGCUCCCGCGCCGUUGAACCCCCUAAGUAAGAAGCAAGCGCCCCGGCGUGGCCCGGCCCCCGCAAGAGGGGAGGAGGCGGAGGAACGGCGCCAGCAGCUUGAGGAGCGGCGCGCCCCGCCUGGGUUGGAGGCAGGCACGCACGGCGGGCGCCACCGUCUCAGCAGGGGAGCGGGGGCUGCCCCGUGUGCGGGUGAGUGGCGCGGCUUCAAGCCACAAGAGACCGAGGGGUGUCGGACACCGGAAAAACGGCAGGAAACUCAGGAGGGUGCGGAGCUUGGGCUCUUGUCUAGUGGCGGGUCUGGAGAGGACCCCAGAGUAGCGAAGCAACCCAGAUCUACAGGGGGGAAAACCUGAGGAGGAAGCGGCGAGACGCCAGGCGUUCGGCCCAGGAGCUGCUGGAGACGUUCAUCUACCGGGAUAGGAACCUCUGGACCUCGGCCGCAGCUGCCCACGCGCGGAGGAAGCGGUACGGGAGCGCGGGCUGGGGUUGCACCCCACCCCCCGGGUGCAGGAACAGGGGCGCCCCCGUGCGGACUUGCCGGGCCGCCCCGGCGCGGCGGUGGAGACCAUGCUUAAGCCCAAGGACUUAUGCCCCCGAGCGGGUACGCGCACCUUCCUGGAGGCCAUGCAGGCGGGCAAAGUACACUUGGCCCGUUUCGUGCUGGAUGCACUGGAUCGCAGCAUCAUCGACUGCCGCGCAGAACAGGGUCGCACGCCGCUUAUGGUGGCCGUGGGGCUGCCAGACCCCGCGAUGCGCGCGCGCUUCGUGCGACUACUGCUUGAGCAGGGUGCGGCCGUGAACCUACGGGAUGAGCGCGGGCGCACGGCACUCAGCCUGGCAUGCGAGCGAGGCCACCUGGACGCCGUGCAGCUGCUGGUACAGUUCAGCGGCGACCCCGAAGCUGCCGACUCCGCGGGCAACAGCCCUGUGAUGUGGGCGGCGGCGUGCGGCCACGGGGCUGUGCUGGAGUUCCUGGUGCGCUCCUUCCGCCGCCUCGGCCUUCGUUUAGACCGCACCAAUCGUGCGGGCCUCACGGCCCUGCAGCUGGCCGCAGCCCGUGGCCAUGGGACCUGUGUGCAGGCCCUCACCGGGCCCUGGGGCCGAGCCGCAGCCGCCGCAGCAGCACGGGGCUCCAACUCCGACAGUCCCCCUGGCCGCCCGGCCCCCGAACCCAGCCCGGAGCGUCGACGACCCAGCCCCCGCCGCCUACCGCGGCCUCUCCUGGCGCGGUUUGCGAGAGCGGCGGGUGGCCAUGGCCACGGCCACGGCCACGGCCAUGGUGGUGAGGCCGGCUCAGCGGGCAAGGGCUCGGGUCGGCACCGGGCACAGGGCAGCGAGCGGCCGGAGCUGGGCCGGAGCAUGAGCCUGGCCCUGGGUGCCAUGACAGAGGAGGAGGCAGCACGUCUACGGGCGGGGGCCCUGAUGGCCCUACCAAACUCACCCCAGUCUUCGGGGGCUGGGCGGUGGCGCUCACAUGAGGUGCUGGAGGGAGCGCCCCCAUCCUUAGUGCAAGCCCCCAUUGGCCUUAGCCCCCACCCGGAGGGCGGCACCGGCUCUGGCCGCUUGGGUUUGCGCCGACGUUCCACAGCUCCAGACAUCCCCAGUCUGAUCGGGGAGGCUUCGGGGCCUGAUAGCGGCCCGGAAUUAGAGGCCAAUGCUCUGCCCCUCUCGGUGCCCGGGUCUAAGCCUUGGCAAGGGGGCACGGAGGCUGUGGUGCUGCAGGCUCAGCGGUAAAGGUGAAGGACUAAGCCCUGCUCCCCUAACCUCUUGUCUCUGCUCCAGUGGGAUUUUUUCUCCCUUUCUUCCAGGUCCCUCACUUUUCCGGAAAGUCGCUUCCUGGAGUCCCUUCCCAUCUGAAAACCUGUCCCCACUGCCAAAGCAAGACCUCCACCAGAAGAAAGGAACCCAUUUUUGUGCUCUUUGGUAUUCCCUGUCUAGAUAUCUCACCUUUCCUACUACUUGCCUUUUCUAUUAUCAGAAGACUCCUUACCAGGCCCGGUUCUGUGCAGAAUUUCCAUGUCUCACCACACUAAGCCCCGUCGACUUCCUCUCGUUGUCAGCCUGGAACCAUUGAGGUUGGGGUCCUCUCUAGCUCUUGCCACUGUAGAAGAGACUUUGCUAAGUAUUUUGCUUUCCCUGUUCUUGUUGCUUUCAUCUCUGUGAAGUGUCACCCAGGCCACUAGAACUCAGUACUGGUCAGUGUGGGAGCUAAAAGACAUUUGCACACCUUUUUGCAGUGAUACUGUGUGGCAGGAGGACCAGUGGAACUCAAAAGAAUAGUUAAUAA